ACAACACAACACACAUAAAAUAUCAUAGCAUAUUCUAUGUGUCUGUUUAGAGAGAGAGAGAGAGAGAGUAGACUUUUGUUCCUUUUUUUUGUUUGUGUUUUAUUCUUUUGUUUUGGUCAAAUAAUAAAACACUUUCUCUCUUUCUAUUUGGUUCCAUCCAAACAUUACAAAAACUCAUAAACAACACAAACACCUUUCACUUCACUUCAUUUCAAUUGUUAGCUCAAUUUUCUUCCUCUUUACUGUCAUCCUCACUUUCUUCAUGGUUUAUUUGAGUUCGUCGUUGAAGCAGUCAUUGAAAGUCGACCCAUUUCCUUUUGAUAUAUAAGAUAUCGGUUAGCAUGGUUUCUUCGCAAGAAAAUGCUGAUCAAAACGGUUCUUCUGAUAAAGAAAAGCAGCAAGUGAAUCCUCAGACAGAGAUCGCAUUGUCACAAGGGGUUGACGAUGUACCUAAAAAUGAAUCAUCGGAUUCUGAUGUCAAUGUCAUGGCAAAUGAAUUGCUUCCGUUGCCGGAUUCUUCACCGCUCGAGACACAGUCCCAGAGCCCCGGUACACCUUCGAAUGAAUUGCCUCCGUCGCAAUCUAGUCAGCGCACUCUCGCUAUAAUACGCGAAAAGGUAACAUCAGAUGGCUUUAACUGGCGAAAGUAUGGCCAGAAAAACCUCAAGGAGGAAGGAUUUAAAAGGUGCUAUUACAAAUGUUCACAUUCAAACUGCCCGGCGAAAAAGAAAUUUGUGAUGUCACCCGAUGGAAACUUCGAAGGUUACACUUACACCGGUCAGCAUAGUCAUCUUAAACCUCAAUCGAACACCGUACCACCGGUUGACCCAGUUCUUCCUAUUGUUGAACAAGGACCGCCUCAAUCGUCUUUGGCCGAUGUGGAAGGUCAAGACAAAUCAUCAGUUGAGUAUGAAUCUACGCCUCAACAGAUCAGUCCUUUACGUUACUGUCCACCUUCAAAUGCUUCCGAAACUCAUGACUCAAAGCGGCUGAAGAAAGACGAUAGUAACACUCAUACCGUUGGAGCUGACGUGUCAACUGGUGAAUCUCGCCUUGUUGUUCAUACUCCAAGUGAGUCCGGAUUCGUAGAUGAUGGGUAUCGCUGGCGCAAAUAUGGGCAAAAAAACGUAAAAGGGAAUGAAAAUCCAAGAAACUAUUAUCGAUGCACGUCUCCUGGAUGCCAUGUCAAAAAGCAUGUUGAAAGAUCCUCUGAAAAUCCAACAAAUGUCAUAUCUACCUAUGAGGGAAAACAUGAUCACAAACCCCCCACUGCAAGACGCUUGCCUUGUAAUACAAGCAAGCCGAAACACAAAUCUGGAGGCAAUACUCUUUGUGUUGAUAUAGUUCCGUUUCAAGUGGUCGUGCUUCCUAACAAUGUUUUUGAAAAUAAUUUAUCUGAGGAAGAGCAACAAAAUGAAGACCCUGGUACCAAAGACGAUCCGGUAAGCGAUAAUACCGUGAUACGCGAGCCAAGUACCGAAGUUCCAUGCAGAUCAAAUGAACAUGAUACUGUUAUUGUUUCUGAUCAUGAUACUCCUAAUACAACAAGUGAACUCAAUAAGGUUCCUGAAGAUGGAGCUAGUGAUUGAAGAUUAUAAAUAGUUGGAAUUGACAUAGGUUAUAGAUAUUCCUAUUCUAACCUAUUAUUUUCCCUUUUUCUAGCUCAUCUUUAUUUGUCUGUGAUCACAUUGAUAUAUUACAUUGGAUGUACAUUUUGGUACAUGUCUAUGUAAAAUUCCAAUAUAUUGUGAUUUGCCUCUAAUUCA